CAACUCCCUUUCCAGAUAAUUUCAAUGACGUUUAUUGACCUUAAUAUAAUGCUUAUAUUUCACGACAGAUUGUAUGUUUUUAUACACACACAAUUGUGCAUUAAUGCACCGUAGCAUAGUCACAGACUACAGUGUUCGUCAUGAUACUACGUGUACAGCGCGACACAAGUUACUUGCAAGACGAUCCUGUCUUGUGCCAGAAGGGUCAAGCAGUGGCCAGUGAGAGGUAUUACAUGUCACCCAAUAUUCCUUCUCACUUCUGACCUUUUCACCUGCACCAAAUCCAAAAGCUCCAGGGCGUCACCUCCACAUUUAGCACACUGCUUCUGUGGUACGGCUGUAAGAAGUUUGCUGACAAUAUUGCAGUCUGUUGUGAGAGUAAUGAGUUGCGGGAGAGACUGGAAAUGUGGAGGAACAAGAUGAGGAGAAGGCGAAAGAAGCUCAGUUGAAGCAAGAAGUAGAGGUAAUGAAGACAGAUGUGGACAACUGUUUGGGAUCAACCAUAUAGAGCGAUGGACAGAGGUGAUAAGGAUGUGACUGAAGAGUGUCAGCUUGGGUGAAGUGCAUGCAGGAAGAAGAAUGUAACCAGGCAAAGAAGAAGAGGCAGACAACCACUUCAGUCAUGGACGUGAUAAAGGUGGACAUGAAGAGCAUAUAGGUGUGAGUAUGGAGGAUGCACAUGAAAGGUCAUGGUGGAGGAGGCUGACUUGGUGUGGCAACCCCAGAUUGUCAGUGGAAUCCUUCCCCCAGGCUUCUAUUAUUUUAGAAAUGUUUAGCUUCUUUGCUUCACUUUCACAGAUCGCAAUAAUGAUGCACACUAAGGACGCCUGACAUCAUCAUCCAGCAACUCGGUUUAGAUGUUGGUGUUGCGUCUUGCUCGACCUUUUACUUCUAUACACACAUAUGCCCAAAUAAUAUAACUCAAUUUGCCAGCAAACUAACCCUUUGUGUUGUGGACAUACAGACUGACUCCCUUAAGGAAUAUAUAUGACCUCAAAAACGACACCAAACAUUUAUUUAAAAAAACCCACAAUUCAUGAUUUUUUUAAAAUACAAACAAGCUUGUUUAACUUUUUUUUUUGUGCUUGUAAAUCUAGCAUUCUGCUGGCUCUUAUGACACGACCUCAUCUGGUGAUAAUACAAUGAAACUUUGGUUUAUGCUGGCCAACAGUGUGUUUAGAGUGACUUUCUAUUGUGCAUUCCUCUGUUUCCUUCAUGUGGACGUUGUUGUCUGUGACGUCUGAUACGCCUCAGCCCCUGUCCUUCAUCAUAAGCACGUGGCCAAGAAAAACAAGGCUAAUAAUUAAAUGCAGUGCAAAUUGUACAGGCCUUAGAAAUCCCUGACUACUACUCUUAGCAGCACAUUGACAACCGCGUGGAUCCCAGUCCGUCAGGGGUAAGAUGAACCUCCAGGAGUACUUCAGAAAAAUCGGGUUCCAUGGCUCGUAUGACAAACCAGACCUGCUCACUUUAAGGCAGAUACACAAACAGCACAUUCUGUCGAUUCCGUUUGAAAACUUCAGCAUCCACUGUGGGGAAAGAAACCACAUGGACCUGGAAGUGGUGUUCAACAAGCUCGUGAGGUGCAACCGUGGUGGGUGGUGCUACGAAAACAAUUUCUUGUUCUCCUGGGUGCUGAAAGAAUUAGGCUAUGAGUACACUAUCCUAAGCUCUAAAAUUUUCAACAACAGCAUAGAUGACUUUGCCUUGAUGGACACCCAUCUGAUCAUGAAGGUGGUCAUUGAUGGAGAGACGUUCAUUUGUGACGUGAGCUAUGGGAUGAUGUCCCAAGUGUGGUAUCCUCUUGAGCUAAUUUCUGGAAAAGACCAAACACAACCAGCGGGUGUCUUUCGCCUGAUGGACAAGGGGGAGUUUUGGGUCCUAGAGUGGUGGACUCGAGAAUCCUCCUGGGCCAUGAACUAUUGCAAAUAUUGUGGGAGAAAUUCAAUGUACAAUUGAGAGGUACAUUCACUCCUAAAGGGGCCAAGGCUUUGAAGAAAUACUUUUAAAGCUUGUUCAACAUGACCAGACACAUUAAUUCACUCAAAUAUCCACCAUCCGUAUUUUACCUAACAGUCCUCAUGAGCUUUGACCUCUAAAUUAUAGGGAGUGAUUUCAUUCUCAUGAAAAAUAUUUUUGGAGAAGUCAUUCCCAGAAAUAUAGCAAGAGAUGUUAGACAAACAACUGAGACUGUUAUAUUGCAAAUUUACACUCUUUACAGGCAUAAAAUAUGUCAUACGCCCUCACCUGUUAAUGUAAAAGGCACUUACUUUAACGUUCUUGAACGAAAAAAUAUUUUAGUCUCUGCAAUAUUUAAUACUUACUUCUAAUUUUUGACCACGCAAUCUCUAUCUGCUUGCUUUAACUAAGAAGUCGGAAUGACUUUGAGGUGCAUAUGUUUCCAAUAAACCUCUGGAAAUAAGUCAGCAUGUUCUUUUAUAAUGCA